UCAAAAUAAUAAAAUCAUAAAAUGAACUGCAGCCCUCUCUAUCCCUGAAGAAAACCCGACGAACGGGGAAGCAUGGCCGCCGACCGAGACCGAGAGAAUGAAGCUAAACUACAGCUCUUCCUUCAAUGGCUGCAGGUUAAUGGUGUCGAACUCCGGUGUUGCACCAUCAAGAGCUGCGGCCCUGAAAAAGGAUUCGGAGUCUUCACCUCCUGCUCCCCCUCCGAAGAUGGAGUUGCCAUGGUUGUUCCUCUCGAUCUCUCCAUCACUCCUAUGCGCGUCCUCCAAGAUCCUUCCGUCGGCCCUAGAUGCAGGGCGAUGCUUGAGGAGGGCGACGUGGAUGACCGGUUCCUUAUGAUUCUCUUCCUUACGGUCGAGCGCUUACGGCCGAACUCUCUGUGGAAGCCGUAUUUUGAUAUGCUUCCGACUACUUUCGGGAGUCCACUCUGGUUUACAGAGGAUGAACUUGCCGAAUUAAAGGGGACGACAUUACACAAAGCAAGUGUUUUGCAGAGGAAGAAUCUUCAAGCUCUGUAUGAUGAUAAAGUAAAAGUCUUGGUGGAUGAGCUUUUAUGUGGUGAUGAGAGGUUUGAGAAGGAGGUGCAGUUUGAGGAUUUCCUUUGGGCAUUUUCUAUGUUCUGGACUCGAGCUCUGAAUAUUCCAUUUCCUCGAUCUUAUGUAUUCCCUGAACCAGCAGGAGAUCAAAGCAACAAUCGUGUUUUGCAUACUAGCUAUUGUGUUGCUCCCGAGACUGAUAUGGCCGGUGAAGCAUCUGCUGAUACCAAUGGUGAAAGAUACAGGGACAGUGGUAUUUUGUUUGACAAGGAAAAUAGUACUGAAACUUCCACUUCAAAAGCUGGAGAGACUGUAUGGGUUGAGGGUCUAGUUCCUGGUAUUGACUUCUGCAAUCAUGGUUUGAAGCCAGCAGCAACUUGGGAGGUUGAUCAGAUUGGAUCCAUGACUGGAAUUCCUUAUUCAAUGUAUCUCCAGCUUGCUGUUCCAGGCAGUAUGGAAAUUGAUAAGGAGGUCUCUAUUAGUUAUGGAAAUAAGGGAAAUGAGGAGCUUUUAUACCUUUAUGGUUUUAUCAUUGACGUUAAUCCAAGCGACUAUCUUAUGGUUCACUGUCCUUUAGAGCUCCUUCAGAACGCACCAUUGUCUGAAAACAAGGAAAAACUCUUAGAAUUACAGGCCUAUAUGAAUAGAGGCUGUAAUAAGAAUGAGGCCAGCCAGCGUAGCAGUUUUAGCUGGAGUGGUCAGCGCAAGUUUCCUUCAUAUCUGCAUAAGUUGGUUUUCCCUCAAGAAUUCAUGGCAGCUUUACGAACAAUAACAAUGAAAGAGAAAGAGAUUAAAAAGGCUACUUCUCUGCUAGAAGAGCUUGUUGGAUCAAUAGAUGAGGGGCAGGCAUCAGAAGCAGAUGUGAGAGCAGCUGUUUGGGAAUCUUGUGGAGAUUAUGCAGCUCUAGAGCUACUAGUGGAUCUUCUUCGCGCCAAGAUGACGGAACUUGAAGAGAGUUCAGGAACUUUAGAGAGUGAUUCCAAGCUUCUAGAGGAUUUCUACAAUUUGGAGCUCGAAGAAUACAUGAGGCUGAAUGAUGACAUCUCAACAUUCAUGGAGACUUCCGACAUCUCAACGUUCAUGGAGAAAUCAACUUCCGACAUCUGA